AUGUCCAGCGAAGAAGUCUUAGGGCACCUUUAUGACUGUAUUCAAGAGGCCAGGUCGGCACAACUAAACAUCAAACAUCUAAGCUGGAAAUACGCCCACUGUAUUUCUGUUCAUCCCAAUGGUGAACAAUUACAGUACAAGGGCAUGACGGCUGAGGCGCCUGUGUCCUCCAACGCGGUUGACAUCUGGGACAUCGUCUACAAAAAGGAGGGUACUGAGCCAUUUUGCCUUUCACAGGCACUAGGGUCUGUGGUGAAGAAGCAGAACUUCAAGGACUACCUGAUUCAGUGGGCAAAGGAACAUGUGCUGUGGAUGUGUGGCUCGUCUUACAGAAGCAUGGACUUGGACAUGAAGAUUGUGAUGAGGCUCAUGAGGGAGAAGGAAAACAUGGCCAAGUCUGCUGAUGAGGUGAAACGACAGGAGGAUCUUCAAAGUCAGCAACAGGCAGCAGCAGCUACAGCACUGUCUCCACUCAUCUCUACUGGGGCAGUAAAUGUCUGUGUUGCUGCCAGUAACCAGCCACAUACUGCAGCCAUGCCAGCAGCUGUGCCCACGGGUGCAGUUGCUACUGCUGCUGUAAACAGCAGUGAGACUCUGGAGGGCAGGGAUGGUGGCCAUGGCUCAAAGGGGAAGAACUUGGGGACGUUGUGCCAAUCAGCAAGCCUGGGAACUGGAGGAGCUGCAGUGGCAGCUGCUGAUGCUGGUGGCGUGACAGAGGGGGAGGUGUUCAAUCCAGUGGAUGCCACUCCAAAUCUAGCGGCACGUGCAGGGGCCUUGUUGGGCCCCCUGGGGGACGACGCCACCGCCAACCUCCAAGCCCUCCACACGCAACUGGCGCAGGAGGCACCAGAAUCGCUGGGUUGUCAUUGCACGCUCCGGAGGUCCCUGCUGCCCCGCAUCAUGCGGCACAUCAAGGUGCACUCCAUGCACAUAGGCGGGAACAGCACGGCAGCGGACCGUGGAGUGCCGGCAGAGUUGCACAAGGCACAUGGCCACUGGCAUACAGAUGCCAUGGUAGAGCACUACACGCGGCACGACACUGCGGCCAAACUGGAGGUCUCCCACCGCCUAGGCCUCGCCGGUGUGUCGGUGGGCCGCAUGGUGGUCGGGUGGUGGCUGGUGAGCCGCAGUCGCACGGCCGUGGUUGGCUGGGGCUGA